CUAAUGUUUCUGGCACUUCAACAAGGAUGUUGGUGUUCUGUUUGUUAGUGAUGAUCAAGCUUUUCUUCCAGUUGGAUGCAUCUAGCUGUCCUGAGAAGUGUGACUGCUCUUCAAAAAAUGCAGUUCAUUGCUCUGGUCCCCACAUAAAAGACCUGGAAUCGUUACAUCUGCCUUGCAACAUGACAGAAAUUCACAUAACAGACACUAAUGUAACAAAGUUGCAGGAUGUUUUUUCUAGGAUGGUGGAACUGCAGCAUCUCAUCUUGUCUUCAAACCACAUCUCUCUCAUUUCACCAAUGGCUUUUAAAGGCUUGAGAAGGCUAAAAGCCCUCAAACUGCUAGAUAAUAAGCUGGUCGAACUUCCCCCAGAAGUGUUUGAUGACAUGGUACAGCUUCAGCAAUUGAUCAUUGAAAAUAACCAGUUGAAAUCCAUUGAAGAAAAUCUGUUUGACAAACUAGCUAGUUUGGAGGAGCUUUUCUUGAACAAAAACCAACUAACAGCACUUCCUAGUGGUGUGCUGAAGAAACUUGCCAAACUCAAAGUACUGAACUUGUCGAGAAAUUAUUUGGCAGCACUGCCUAGAAGUAUAUUUAGUGCAUUAACCAGGCUUGAGAAACUGAUGCUAUAUUUUAACAGGCUGUCUUCAAUAGAGUCUGGUAUGUUUGGUAGCCUGAAGGAGCUGCUGGAACUCUUCCUGCAUUCCAAUAACAUCCAGUCCAUCGCCCCUGAUGCGUUUCAUUGUCUUCAUAAACUGAGGAGCCUAACGCUCUCCAGAAACAAGCUUGAGGUUUUGCCUCCUGGGCUUUUUCUGCACUUGCGUGACCUGUCUAAAUUGACCUUGUACAGGAACCCACUGAAGUCUCUUCCAGAAGUAUUGUUUGGAGAAGUGAGGCAUCUUGGUAGCCUGUGGCUGUAUCACACAAAGCUCUCAACAAUACCAGAUUUCGUGUUCAGUAACUUGACAAAUUUAGAGCUUCUUGUGCUGAGUUUUAAUCCAGAGCUUAGUGUUCUUCCUAAGAAUGUAUUCAGUGGUCUGAAUGAACUGCGGGGCCUUUCUCUGCAUACAAAUAAUAUUUCCAGUUUGCCAGAGGGCAUCUUCCUGAGCCUUCAGAAACUGCAGAACAUUUCCCUUUUUGAUAAGAGGCUUGAGGUUCUUCCUCGAAACCUCUUUCAUAAUCUCAAGCACCUUCAGAAAGUUUACCUGAAUAGUACUAAGCUGCAGUCUCUUCCUGGAGACUUCUUUACUGCUUUACCUGAGCUGCAAGAAGUCUUCCUUGAUGACAACCCUUGGAAAUGUGAUUGUCAAAUUCUUGGCUUCCGAGAGUGGCUCCAAAAGAGCACGAAGAUAGUUAAAAAUGUGCCGUCUCUAACGUGUCACAGCCCGCUGGCACUACAGAAUAUUUCUCUUGUGGCUCUAACAGUUGAUCACCUGAAGUGCCUGCCAACCACAGCCAUUACAUACCAGAUGUUCAGCUCAACUUAUUCCCAAACUUCGACUUCUCUUGUGAUGGAGCACUUAACAUCAUCUUGGGAGACUACUGUAACAGCGGUGUCCGACACGGAUAGCAGCACGCCCACAGCAAUUGCUCUUGCAACUCCAGGUUUUAACUACUCGCGUGUUGAAGAUGUUGGUCAGCCUAGGUUUCAUUUCUCAGAUGUUCCAACCCAAACUUCUCCCAGUGUCAUAGUACAAACCAACAGUGUCAGAGGAACAGAUUUAACUACUCUUGCCUGGUGGGAUGAGUUGCCAGCCCGCAGGAGUGCUAAACCCUAUUUUAAUACCAGAGUUCCUUAUUGUAGGCUAUUCUUGUGCCUUCAUGGUUUGAUUUUAGCACUCCAGACUGUAACCAUUGUGCUCAGUCUGUAUGUGAUGGGUAAAACCAGGCAACUCUUGCACUCCAGAAAUACUCCUGCUCAGCCUGUAGUUCUGAUAAAACUUUUAAGAAGAUAGAGAAUACCAGCCAAAGAGAGGAUUAGAAGCAUUGUUUUGGAUGCAUUUCGAGCAUUUGGGCAGUUGACACGAUUCAGAUAUGGAUUACAAAUCUUCAUAAAGACCUUGUCUUUACAGGGUAAUGAAAAUGCGCUUCUGUGUACCUUAGUGUUUGCCAAAAGUGGUUGUAGUCACCGUAUAUUGCUACAGCACUUGGUGCAUGAACCCAGAGGGAGAGCUGAAAGAAAAUCCGUGGUCACCUCCACGCGUGUACUACUAGUUUCCUGCUUUGGACUGCAGCCCUGUCCCUGCCUGACACCACUGCCUGCUGUCAUGCUCAUGCUGCUCAGAUGGAAGUGGCAUCAACAUUGGGAAGUCUACGUAGGAACACGGCGUUAACUGUGCUUUAAAGGUUGCCUGUAGUACUCCAAAUGCUAUUAUGCCUUAUACUGCUUGCAAUGUUUUGUCUCCUUAUUGAGAAAACAAAUGGUAUUUUGGGGAGGAGAUGCUGGAAAAGACCUUUUAAAAACGGGGAUGGGGGCAGAAUGGUACAGUGCAAGUGUCUUAGUUUUUGCUUUCUGUCCUCAGCCCCUUUCCAGGACAUGGCAGGAGGAAGGGGUACCAUUUAAAGCUAACAGUGCUUUCCUCUAGCUUAACCAGAGGAAGAUAAGAAAGAUGCUGGACUAGGAAGUAUAAUCUUGCUGUAUUUUGUUGUUUGGUUGGUUUUUUUGGAAACUUUGUAAUGUUACUACAACUCUGAAUUUUAAGUAAACACUUUCA